AUGGAUACGCAAUGCCCCCUGGCCCACAUGACUCGUGCCGUGGUUGUUGCGCUCCGCCAGGCAAUCGCCGCUGGGAUGAUUCAGCUUGGUGACAAUGAGCUUAAAAUCCGUAAGACCAGAAUGCUGGUCGUCCCUGCGGUGACAAUAUGGAACUCCGGGGACGAUGAUGCUGGCACACCAGAUUCCCCCCAAGACCUGAAUGCUGGUCGUCCCUGCGGGGACAUUAUGGAACCCCGGAAGCGGCUACACGAGAAGAGAUACGUCCCAAUUGGCACACGUGCCGGCGCGGCUGGCGAGUUCAUAUGUGCGAGGGGUAUUACCCCUAACUCGCCGAGACAACCCAUGAUCGGAGAUCAAGUCACUCAGUUGGCAGUCGAGAUGAAGGAGAAAGGCAAGGUUGAGGAAGGGGAGAGGCUGCGGCGGUGGGUAGGGAAGGCUGAACCAUGGUCGAUGCGAUUUGUGGACGCGUGGGGUGGACCGUUAGGACGUGAUGGGACGGGGGCGGGCCUCGAGCCGAGUCAGGUGCAGAGGUGA